UUAAAGUGGCUGCUCCAAAAAAUCACAUGCGCUCGUCGAUUGGUUCGAUCACGUGCAUAUCUUCUUUCAACGAGAGCAACAAGCACCAACAAUACUUCUAUCUUUGUCUUACUCACAGCUGCUUUUUAAGUAUGGCAGCCAAGUGUCUUGAAUUUUCGUCUAGAUGAAUCCUAACAAAGCACGCACGCCUUUCCCUUUGCAGACCGAGAGUGAAGUGAAGCUCUAGCUUCUCUGAGUCUUACAAAUUAUCACGAAAUUCGGCUAUAAAAGUUCCUCGUGAGUCAAAUUUUAUUUAGUAAAAAUGUCGGAUCUUGAAGAAAAUGUUUCGAACAUGUCGAUCGAGGAGACGGGUAAGAAGAAACUCACGCACAAGGAAAAAAAAAAAUUGAAAAAACAGCAAGAGUAUGAAAAGACUAUUGAAAUGCUAACCAAAAAGGGCACUGGGGAAAAUAGUGAACUUGAGUCGAAUUUCACAGUAUCUCAAAGUGAAACUCAAACUCGCGGUGGUACACAGCAGUUAGAAAACGCGGUUGAUAUCAAAGUUGAGAACUUUAGUAUAGCUGCGAAAGGCAAAGAACUUUUUACUAAUGCCAAUUUAUUGAUUGCACAAAACAGGCGAUAUGGCCUAGUUGGUCCUAAUGGGCAUGGAAAAACUACACUUCUGCGCCAUAUUGCAAAGAAAGCUUUUAAUAUACCACCGACUAUUGAUAUUCUUUACUGUGAACAAGAAGUUGUAGCUGAUAAUACACCAGCCGUUGAAGUGGUCUUAAAAGCUGAUGUCAAAUGUAAUGCAUUGAAAGAAGAAUGUAAAAAGUUAGAAGAAAAAGCUGAGAAUGGUGACACUACAGUUCAAGAUAAGUUACAGGAGGUUUAUGAGGAAUUGAAAGCUAUUGGUGCUGAUUCUGCAGAACCACGUGCUAGAAGAAUCCUUGCUGGCUUAGGAUUUAGCAAAGAAAUGCAAGACAGAGCUACCAAAAACUUUUCUGGUGGUUGGCGUAUGCGUGUUUCUCUAGCAAGAGCAUUGUUCUUAGAGCCUACUUUAUUGUUGUUAGAUGAACCUACGAAUCAUUUAGAUUUGAAUGCUGUUAUUUGGUUAGAUAAUUAUUUGCAAGGAUGGAAGAAAACAUUGCUAGUUGUAUCUCACGACCAAAGUUUCUUAGAUAAUGUUUGUACAGAUAUCAUACAUUUAGAUCAACAAAAAUUAUUUUAUUACAAGGGAAAUUACAGUAUGUUUAAGAAAAUGUACACUCAGAAGUGUAAAGAAAUGUUGAAGGCUUACGAGCAGCAGGAAAAGCGUCUGAAAAGUAUGAAGGCUCAUGGUCAAAGUAAAAAAGUGGCUGAAAAAAAACAGAAAGAAGCCCUCACUCGCAAACAAGAAAAGAACAAGACUAAGAUACAGAAACAUCAAGAAGAUGAUAAUGGACCAACAGAACUAUUACAAAGACCAAGAGAAUAUAUUGUCAAGUUUAGUUUUCCAGAUCCUCCACCACUCCAACCGCCAAUUCUUGGUCUAAAAGAUGUAUCAUUCAAUUAUGAAGGUCAGAAACCUCUUUUCAUUGAUGUCAACUUUGGCAUAGAUUUAGACUCCCGAGUAGCCAUUGUUGGUCCCAAUGGUGUUGGAAAAUCAACAUUUUUGAAGUUACUAGUUGGUGAUCUUACCCCCACUCAAGGAGAACUUAUUAGAAAUCACAGACUGAGGAUAGGUCGAUAUGAUCAGCAUUCUGGUGAACAUCUCACAGCCGAAGAAAGUCCGACUGAAUAUUUGAUGCGUCUUUUUGAUCUUCAAUAUGAAAAAGCAAGAAAGCAGCUAGGAACUUUUGGCUUAAGUUCUCAUGCUCACACCAUCAAAAUGAAAGACCUUUCCGGUGGUCAAAAAGCCAGAGUUGCCUUGGCUGAGCUAUGUCUUAAUGCUCCGGAUGUUCUCAUUUUGGAUGAACCUACAAAUAAUUUAGAUAUCGAAUCCAUUGAUGCUUUAGCUGAGGCCAUUACCAGAUACAAGGGGGGUGUUGUAAUAGUGUCUCACGAUGAGCGACUCAUUAGAGAAACUGAGUGUACAUUGUACGAAAUAGAUGGACAAACGAUUGAGGAAGUCGAUGGCGACUUUGAUGACUACAGAAAAGAUUUGCUUGAAAGUUUGGGAGAAAUCGUUAAUAACCCAAGUAUCGUUGCCAAUGCUGCUAUCCUACAAUGAUCAACGAACAUAAUUAAGUUUCCAAUUACAGUCGAUUUUUUUUAACAAUUGUGAAUUGAAUACCGAUUGAGUCUUAGCAUUUAUUGAUUUUGUAUUUUAUAAAAUUUUAAAUUAUUAUGCAAUUAGAGACCUUUUAACUGAACUGGUUUAAUUGAUAACAUCGACUUUAUAUUGGUAAAAAUUGUAAAUAAAAGAUUUGAAAUGU